UCGUAGCGCCCUCGAACGAUCCCGCGGAAGUGACAGCUACUCGGUCCGGUCGCGGCGAAAGGGAGACGGUGUCUAACCUCCUCUUGUAUUUUUAACCGAGAACGCAAGAGGAUUGCAAUUAUGGAUACCGAGGCCAAGAAUUUGGAGCCGGAAUUCGACACGAACAAGCCGGUGAUGCUGUUCGGCCGUGACAUCAGGACCAUACCCUGCUUCAAGCACAGCAUGUUGUACGGCAUCUACAGCGGUCUCGCUGCCGGAUUGGUGACCUUCAUGGCAACCAGUCGCCCGAUGCUGGCGACGAGAAUGGCCGUGGGAUCCUGGAUGAGCGUUGCCACCGUUCACAUGAUCUGGUGCCGAUACACUUAUACCGUACAAAAGUACGAAAUGAACAAUAUAAGAAUGCAUUUUCAAUCAGUGGACAAAAUCACCACCGAGGACAAACAGCCAACCAGUAGUGCGUAAGAAACGCUCGCGAACUUUGUAUCGCAACGUAUUGUUCAAUUUUCCAAAGGUUUUUUUUUUUUUUUAACAAAUGCCGUAUCCAGAGAACAUUUUGAGAGUUGCGUCAGCUCAACCGUGUACACAUGUAUUACAAGAUACCACUGUGUCCGUAGACUUGUCUUACAUGUAAUUUAUAAAACUUUGUAUAUAUAUGUCUAUGUAUAUAUUUUGUCGCACAUGAAUUAACAAUUGCGUGUAUGUAAAUUAUCACACACAAUUAUAUUGUACCAUAUUAGAAUAGUUGAUAUACAAAAAUAAAAA